ACCAUAACCAGAGUUAUUCACUUCCAACAUCCUCGGUUUUUCACAGUCUUCUCGUGCCUAGUAAUGAGUGUCUUGGCAACCAUAGAAGGGUAUGAAGAUGUCAUGCGACUAGCCUUGUUUUAUGUGGAAGUCGUCAUGGUUGUGUGGUUCACACUGGAGUAUCUGCUCCGAAUUUGGUCUGCCGGGUGUCGAUCGAGAUAUCAAGGAUGGAUGGGGAGGAUCAAGUUCGCCAGGAGGCCCUUCUGUGUGGUAGACCUGAUGAUAGUUUCAGCUAGUAUCAUUGUACUAGCCGUUGGCAGUACUGGUCGAAUAUUCGCAACUUCCUCAUUGCGUGGUCUACGAUUCUUUCAGAUCUUAAGAAUGGUACGCAUGGAUCGUAGAGGAGGGACAUGGAAACUUCUCGGAUCCGUCGUAUGGGCACACCGUCAAAUGCGUUCAUGUGAUGUGCGAAAACAAAUUCAUAAAGCUGUCUGUGAAGCAUCAGAAUAUUCCAUGAUUGGUAAAUGUCAGGAUUCAAUCCUAUUAGUAAGCCAAUUACGACAGAAUUUGUACACAAGAAAAUAG